UACUCAUCAAAAUUGAGGUCAGAUGUCGAAAGGUCGUAAAAAUAGGCAACUGAUAGAUACUUGAUAAGUGUUUAAAAGUAAAAAUUACUUAGAAAGGAAUUUGAGCUGAAACAAGUGCUUGAGCAAAAAGACAUCAUAAAGGUUUCACAUAGUACCAAAAGUGGAACGCAAAAUAUUUAACGCUGCAAUUAGAACAUUUGGAAAAAAAUAGAACAAUGACGCAGGUGUUCAUAAACGGAGCCACAGAUGCAUGCAACGUCCGCGAUCAUGACAGUCUAGAUGCCUCCAUACAGGAGCUGAUUCGUGCAGCAUCAGAGGCGCGCAAUCAUGCAUAUUGUCCAUAUAGUAAUUUUGCAGUUGGAGCCGCGAUACGAACGAGCGAUGGCUCUAUUUACACUGGUUGUAACAUCGAAAAUGGUGCCUAUGCAGCUAGCAUAUGCGCGGAACGAACAGCAGCCGUAAAAGCCUUAAGUGAGGGCAAACGUCAAUUUGUGGCCUGCGCCGUUGUAGCACAGCAGGACAAUGGCUUUACAACACCCUGCGGUGUAUGUCGACAGUUUUUAGCCGAGUUUGCUAGUAAUGGCCGGGAUAUAGCGCUGUACGCAGCUAAGCCAACGAACUUACCACUCCGUGUACUCUGCACCAGUGUACUGCAGCUGCUGCCGAACGGCUUUAGCUUCCCCAGUGGCAAAUGAGGCGCAUACCUUCAACAAUUUUCUACUAUGUGCAAUAUUUUAUUUAGUCCUAGAUGUUUAUGAUAUGUGCAAUACUUUGUAUGUGAACUGUGAAGCAACCCCAUUUUGUUGUCAUACGUACAAUUAUACUAACAUUCGCA